UAUUGGCCUAUUUAUUGAUUUAACGUCACCUAAUUGGCUCCAGGUCGUUAAUGAACUUUCUUUCGCCAAUGUGAGCGCCCCGGGUGUUUGCGCAGGUGCGCAAUGCACGUAUCCACUUUGCCUUUGAAUGAAACGGAGGCUGCGGCGUCUUUGCGCUCCCGCCCCCGUCGACGCUGGAUUCCGCCCGUCUCCAACUUUCCAGCGGCGCAUUCUGCCGGACCGGGCAGCUACGGCUUCGCCUUGUGCGCGCGCCGCUGCCGGGACAGGGGAAACAGCGCCAUGGAAAUGUUUAGGUUGAUUUGCAUGUAAGACGCGCGCGAGCACUUCCCGCCAACGGCUGCUUUCUCCCAAGUUGCUCGCGCGGAAAGAAAACUCACUUGGCGCGAAUUCGGCGUCUGCGCCCGCAGCCGCGUUCGGGCUGCGCGCGCGUCGUGGGCUCGAAGUUGCCCGCGCUCGGUGCUGCGUUCUCGUACGCGCGAAGCGCCCGUCUAAUACGGCGCAUCAUUAGGAUAUCGGGGGUGGGGCGACGGGAGCCUGCCCGGGUGAGGGGAGGAGAGAACAGGGAGCAGAGGCGGUACUUUCUCCGCGGCUCGUUUCUUGGCGCUGGAGAGUGUGGGACCAGGGCUGGAAGAGACCGCCGGGGAGCAUCAGCCGAACCAGUCCAGCACGGAGUCUCGCCUGGCCGACCGCUGCGCCGUGCACUCUUCUUUGGGGACUGCACACCGUUCCUGUGAAAUAUACCUGCUUUUAAUGGCAUGUGGCUUGUAACUUUACUUCUGCUGUAUUCUUUGCAAGAAGUCAACAGUGAGGAUGUUGUCUCUACGCGGCUGUACUUUGUGAACGCAUCCCUGCAGCGGGUGACCUUCUCCAGCUCAGUGGGGGUGUCCCUGCCCUGCCCUGCGGGCGGCGCCCCCCAUGCCACCCUGCGCUGGUACCUGGCUGCCGGAGACGACAUUUAUGACGUGCCCCACAUCCGCCAUGUGCAUGCCAACGGCACCCUCCAGCUCUACCCCUUCUCUCCCUCCGCCUACAACAGCAUUAUCCACGACAACGAGUACUUCUGCACUGCUGAGAACCAGGCAGGCAAGAUUCGAAGCCCCAGCAUUCACGUCAAAGCAGUGUUCAGGGAGCCCUACACAGUCCGCGUGGCCGAUCAGCGCUCCAUGCGAGGAAAUGUCGCCGUGUUCAAGUGCCUCAUCCCCUCAGCCGUCCAGGAGUACGUCAGUGUGGUGUCCUGGGAGAAAGACACGGUCUCCAUCAUCCCAGGUAACCGCUUCUUCCUGACCUCAUUUGGCGCUUUGUACAUCUCAGAAGUGCAGAAGGAAGACGCGCUGUCUACCUACCGCUGCAUCACAAAGCACAAAUACAGCGGAGAGACUCGCCAAAGCAAUGGAGCCAGGCUCUCUGUUAUGGACCCUACGGAGUCCACCCCAUCCGUGCUGGACAGUUUCCAGUCCGGUGAGGUGCAGGUGGGGCACAGUGUGGAGCUCCCCUGCAUCGCAUCGGGGUACCCCAACCCCACCAUCCGAUGGCUGAAGGAUGGCCGGCCGUUACCCACAGACUCCCGCUGGACGCGGCGCAUCACCGGCCUCACUAUAUCAGACCUGAGGCUGGAGGACAGCGGCAACUACAUCUGCGAAGUCACAAACAGCUUCGGCUCCAAAGAGGUGACGGGUCACCUCAAUGUCAUAGAACCGCUGCGGGUCACCUUGUCUCCCAAGAACCUAAAGACGGGCAUCAGCAGCACGGUCAUCCUGUCCUGUGCCGUGCAGGGCUCCCCCCACUUCACCGUGUCCUGGUACCGCAACACGGAACCCGUCUUGCCCGAUCAGCAUUUUUCCAUCCAAGGAGCCCACAAUGAGACGCUGUUCAUUUCUGCUGCACAAAAGAGACACUCCGGAGCCUACCAGUGCUUUGCCACGCGCAAGGGCCAGACUGCCCAGGACUUCUCCAUCAUUCUGUUGGAAGAUGGAACGCCUCGCAUCAUCGCCUCCUUCAGUGAGAGGGUGGUGGUCCCGGGCGAGCCCUUCUCCCUGAUGUGUGCGGCCAAAGGGGCGCCGCCGCCCACCAUCACCUGGACCCUGGACGACGAGCCCGUGGCCCGGGACCUGUCCCGUGUGCGGACCAGCCAGUACACGCUCUCGGACGGCAGCACCGUGAGCCACGUCAACGUCAGCAGCCCGCAGAUCCGUGAUGGAGGAGUGUAUCGGUGCGCCGCACGAAACUCGGCCGGUAGCGCCGAGUACCAAGCGCGCAUAAACGUAAGAGGUCCUCCGAGGAUUCGGCCUAUGAAGAACAUCACUGCAGUGGCAGGAAGAAACACUUUCAUAAACUGCCGCGUGAUUGGCUACCCUUAUUAUUCAGUCAAUUGGUACAAGGAGGGACUCCUGCUGCCUGAUAACCAUCGCCAGGUGGUGUAUGAGAACGGGACUCUGAAGCUCAGUGAUGUUCAGAAGGGAAUGGAUGAGGGGGCCUACGUCUGCAGCGUGCUCAUACAACCACAGCUGUUCAUCACACAAACGGUUUAUGUAACUGUCAAAGUUCCGCCACUGAUCCAACCGUUUGACUUUCCACCGACUUCCAUUGGAAAAUUGAUGUACAUCGCGUGCGUGGUGUCGUCCGGGGACAUGCCCAUACGCAUCACUUGGCGCAAGGACGGGCAGGAGAUCGUGCCCUCCUCAGGCAUCACUAUCGACACAAAGGAGUUCAUGAGCUCCCUCCAGAUAUCCAAGGUGUCGCUCAAACACAAUGGAAACUACACUUGCAUUGCCAGCAAUGAUGCCGCCACCGUCAGCACAGAGAGGCAGCUCACAGUUACAGUUCCCCCUCGGUUUGUGGUUCAGCCAAACAACCAGGAUGGAAUCUAUGGCAAGGCUGGCAUCCUAAACUGUUCCGUUGAUGGAUACCCCCCUCCUAAGGUUAUGUGGAAGCACGCCAAAGGCACACUAGCUGGCAUUGGGAACCCGCAGCAGUACCACCCCGUGGCUCUGACCGGCCGAAUCCAGAUCAUGAGUAACGGCUCCCUUCUCAUCAGACAUGUCCUGGAAGAGGAUCGCGGCUUUUACCUCUGUCAGGCAUCCAAUGGCGUGGGCUCCGAUAUCAGCAAGAGCAUGGUCCUCACUGUUAAGAUCCCUGCAAUGAUCACCAGUCACCCUAACACUACCAUAGCCAAGAAGGGUCACACAAAGGAGUUGAACUGCACAGCCAGGGGAGAAUGGCCCAUCAUCAUCCGCUGGGAAAGAGGCGACACGGUCAUUGAUCCUGAACGUAACCCCCGUUACUCCAUUACCACCAGUGGCAAUGAGAAGACGGACGAGGUGUUGUCCACGCUCAAGCUACAGCCAGCAGAGCAGGAGGAUUCAGUCUUCUUCUCCUGCCAUGCCAUCAACUCUUACGGAGAAGGACGAGGUCUCAUUCAGCUCACAGUGCAAGAGCCACCCGACCCACCAGAGCUGGAGGUGCAAGAAGUCAAAGAUCGCAGUAUGAAUCUUCGCUGGACACAGAGAUUUGAUGGAAACAGUGUCAUCACCUCCUAUGAUAUUGAGUAUAAGAACAAAACAGAUAACUGGGAUUUGAAGCAUGCCACUCGAAACAUCUCCCCCACCAACAAGCAGGCCAACAUCGUGGACCUGCAUCCUGCCUCUGUCUACAGCAUCCGCAUGUACUCCUACAACGCUAUAGGCAAGAGCGAGGCCAGCAAGGAGCUCACCAUCAGCACCGACGAAGCCCAUCCUGAUGGUCCUCCCAUGGACGUGAUCCUCCAGCCAGUCACUUCACAGAGCAUCAGAGUCACGUGGAAGGCGCCCAGGAAGGAGCUGCAGAACGGCGUGAUCCGCGGGUACCAGAUCGGCUACAGGGAGAACGGCCCAGGCAGCAACGGCCAGUACAGCAUCGUGGAGAUGAAGGCCACCGGUGACAGUGAGGUCUACACCCUGGACAACCUGAAGAAGUUUGCCCAGUACGGUGUGGUGGUGCAGGCCUUCAACAGAGCAGGCACUGGUCCCUCUAGCUCUGAGAUUAAUGCUACAACCCUGGAAGAUGUGCCCAGCCAGCCUCCUCAGAACGUGCGAGCCAUCUCCGUCACGUCAGACGAAGCAGUGAUCACGUGGUCCGAGCCUCCCAGAUUGACACUGCACGGCAUAUUGAAGGGAUAUCGCGUUGUGUUCUGGGCUGUCUUCCCGGAUGGAGAGUGGGGUGAAAUGCAAAACAUCACAACCAUCAAGGAGCAGGUGGAGCUCAGAGGUCUGGAGAAAUUCACCAACUACAGCAUCCAGGUGCUGGCCUACACCCAGGCCGGAGAUGGCGUCCGUAGCAACGUCCUGUAUAUCCAAACCCGUGAAGACUACCCCGGACCCCCAGCUGGCAUCAAAGCUGUGCCCUCCUCCGCCAGCAGUGUCGUAGUGUCCUGGUUACCCCCUCACAAACCUAAUGGAAUCAUCCGCAAGUACACCAUCUACUGCUCCAGCCCUGGGUCGGGCCAACCGCUGCCCAGUGAGUAUGAAGCCAAUCCAGAGAUGCUGUUCUACAGAAUUACCCACCUGAACCACAGGCAGCAGUACCUGAUCUGGGCCGCGGCCGUCACCACCGCAGGCCGAGGGAACUUCAGUGACAAGGUCACCGUCGAACCAGCGGCCAAAACUCCAGCAAAGAUCCUGUCAUUUGGCGGCACAGUAACCACUCCUUGGAUGAAAGAGGUGCGACUGCCCUGCAGCUCAGUGGGAGAACCAACGCCUACAAUAAAGUGGACCAAAGACAGUGAUGACACCGCCAUCCCAGUGACUCUGGAUGGACAGCGUCUGAUUCUGGCCAACGGGACUUUGGUGCUGCGCUCCGUCAAAGCUGAAGACUCUGGCUACUACACCUGCACGGCCACCAACACCCUUGGUUUUGACACCAUUAUUGUCAACUUACUGGUGCAAGUUCCUCCAGACCAGCCUCGUCUAACGGUGUCCACCACCUCCACCUCUUCCAUCACUCUGGCCUGGAUACCAGGAGACAACGGAGGCAGUUCUAUCAGAGGGUUUGUGCUGCAGUACUCUGUGGACAACACCGAGGAGUGGAAAGACGUGUUCAUCAGCUCCAGCGAGCGCUCCUUCAAGCUGGACAACCUGCGCUGUGGCACCUGGUACAAAGUUAAGCUGGCUGCGAAGAACAGCGUCGGAGCGGGACGCAUCAGCGAGAUCAUCGAGGCAAAGACGCACGGGCGCGAGCCUCAGUUCAACAAGGAUCAGCCGGUCUUCACUCACAUUAACUCCAGCCACGCGCGCCUCAACCUGCAGGGCUGGGCCAGCGGGGGCUGCCCUAUCACUGCAGUCAUUCUAGAGUUCAGACCCAAAGGUACGUGGGCGUGGCAGGCCGUUCGCACCAACGCCACCACAGACGUGUUCCUGGCCGAGCUGCGCGAGGCCACCUGGUACGAGCUGAAGAUGAAAGCGUGCAACAGCGCCGGCUGCGGCAACCAGAGCUCGCAGUUUGCAACGCUCGACUAUGAUGGAAGCACAAUCCCACCGAUCAAAUCCCCCCUGGAAAAGAACGAUGAUGUCAAGAAGCUGUUUUCUAUCGGCUGCCCUGUGAUCUUGGUUACUCUGGGGGUCGCGCUGCUCUUCAUCAUUCGCAAGAAGCGCAAAGAAAAGCGGCUGAAGAGACUAAGAGAUGCCAAAAGCUUGGCUGAGAUGCUGAUCAGUAAAAACAACCGCAGCUUUGACACUCCAGUGAAGGGACCUCCUCAGGGCCCUCGGCUGCACAUCGACAUCCCCAGAGUGCAGCUGCUAAUUGAGGACAAAGAAGGCAUCAAGCAAAUUGGUGAGGACAAGGCCACCAUCCCUGUGACGGACACUGAGUUCAACCAAACUGGGAACCCUCAGAGCUUCUGCACCGGCGUGUCCGUCCAUCACCCUGCGCUCAUCCAAAACACAGGGCCCUUGAUUGACAUGUCAGACAUCAGACCAGGCACCAACCCAGUGUCGAGGAAGAGUGUUAAGUCGGCCCACAGCAUCAGGAACCGCUACUCCAGUCAGUGGACUCUGACCAAGUGCCAGGCCUCCACGCCAGCUCGCACUCUCACCUCAGACUGGCGCACAGUUGGCUCCCAGCAUGGCAUCACUGUCACCGAGAGUGACAGCUACAGUGCCAGCCUCUCACAGGACACAGAUAAGGGUCGCAACAGCAUGGUGUCGACGGAGAGCGCCUCCUCCACCUAUGAGGAGCUGGCCAGGGCCUACGAGCACGCCAAGCUGGAGGAGCACCUCCAGCACGCCAAGUUCGAGAUCACGGAGUGCUUCAUCUCCGACAGCUCGUCGGACCAGAUGACGACAGGCACCAACGACAAUGCGGACAGCAUGACGUCCAUGAGCACGCCGUCAGAGCCCGGCAUCUGCCGCUUCACCGCCUCGCCACCCAAACCCCAGGACUACGACCGUGGCAAGAAUGUAGCUGUGCCCAUUCCACACCGCGCCAAGAGUGACUACUGUAACCUGCCCCUCUACAUGAAGUCAGAUCCCUUUUUCAGAAAGCAGUCAGAGCAUCACGACCCAUGUCCAGUGGUUCCACCACGUGAGGCUUCCAUUCGUGGCCUGGCCCAGCGGGCGUACCACACCCAGGGCCGUCAUGUGACUAUGGACUCUGCCAAGCAGCAGGCCCUCACCAUGGGUCACUCUGGCCUGUCCAACCUCACUUCCUCCGGGGCUUCGUCUGGAACGGGAACAGGAGGCGGUGGGGGCAGUGGAGGGGCAUCUCUGAGCUCCAGCAGCUCCACGCUUCCCCAAAGGACUCUCACCAUGCCCGGCUCCUCCGCCUCGGCGGCCCAGAGCGCGGCGGCAGCGGCCGCCGCCACGGCCGCGGCCAGUGGGGCGUCAACAUCCUCCGGUGGAGGUGGGGCAGCCGGGGCCACGGGAGGUACCCCUGGAGGUGCCUCCUCGUCCUCCUCCAAGAUGGGAGGCUCCAGAGACUCUCUGCUGGAGAGCAGCUCCUCGGGCCUGGGCAGACUGCAGAAGUCGAGGGAUGGGGGGGCCGGGGCCUACUCCAAGUCCUACACUCUGGUGUAGCCUGCCAUCACUGCGGCCUGUCACUGUAACUCUUGAUAGAAUGCUGGUUCAGCCAGCUGUUGCCUGGAGCCUCUAUGGAAGAGUGGAGUGAGGAACGUACACAUGCACAGCUGACCCGUCAGUGCCUGCGCUGAGCCAGGCUGCAGGGGCCGCUUGAGUUCCCAUCGACACUACUGUAUGAAAGGGUCCGACUUGGGUCUCCACAGCACAGGGAUUUGCCUUUCUUUCCGCCUGAUUGCUUUCUACUAGUAUUGUCUCAUCUCUCUCUAUCUCUUACUUCAUCACCUGGUAAUCACUUGCCAAAACAUGAAUAAUUCUUCUCUUCACGUUAUAUUUUUAUUUCCUGAACACAGUACUUAUGCACAAAAUGCUUUCCACAUUCAUUGUCCUGUUUUCUGGAUCAAGACAGUCAGAGGAUGAACCAGGUUCCUUGAGUUUGACACAGAUGUGUGUUACGGUUUUUAGGUUUUAAAUAUAUUACGUUGCCGGUCUCUGACGGAAGAAGAGCUCAUAUCACAGCAUUUUGCCGCGGCAGGAUGCUUUAACUGUAUGCAUAAACCAACCGUGGUGUUCCACUGGCUCGGAGAGGUUCCUCCAUCAUGGAUUCACAUUCUGUAGAGUCGGUGGACAGACUGUCAUCUCAAUACCAGUUUUGAGACCUGGAGAAUUUUCUUAUACAUGCAAUGGAUGACACAGCAUAGUGCUCUUAACUGAUGCUUUUAUAAACAGACUCCAAGCAGACGUGACGCAAAGUGUCAAGUGAAUCAAGUGAAACAUUAAUCCAAACUUUGGUCUACCAGUUUUCUGUUCAGUUACUGUUGAUGGGAAUAUACUUUCAUGUGCACUACAGAAACCUUCACAAGCCUGCGUGUGUGCGCGCGUGUGGGUGUACAUGUGUAAAUAUCUAUAUGUAUACAUGUGGCAGGCUCACACCGACGGUGGAACUCUUUCCAAAUCAAUCCGAACGCCGACCUCUCGGGCCGACGCCUGUGUCGACGCCGAGCCCCCGUCCCCGCGCUCCUCAUUUAGUAGCUGUGACAGGGAGACACGGGGACCGUAAGGAUGGCGCUCACCAUGUAACUCUACAGGAUGAUCCUAGUUUGGUCCAGCGUUUUGAACUUUGUUUUGUUUCAACAACAGCAAUGCUUAGGAAGCGAGAACUACUGAAGAGAUAAGCGGUUCAGACGAGUGCAAUUGCAGAUGAGGUCUGUUUCCUCUUCUCUCUCAUGCCCUUAGAACAAAGAAAGAAUAGAAGCCUUUAUGAUUCAGCUUGGUGCCACUAUACCAUCACUCUCUUCUUGUUUUACUCAUUUGUGACUGUACUUUCUCCCUCUCUAACCUUCACCCAGACCCCACUCAAUCCAUACUGUGUCACUGUGACCUUCUGCUAGCGUUCAGGCUAGUCCAGGAGCCAGGCAGACAGACAGAAGAGGCCUAAUAAUAUGCACAGAGAGGCAGGAACGCUGUUUGAUGUUCGGCGUCAACUCCAGUGGGAAAGCAAGUUGGAAACAAACAGCGCAUUUGAAGAGAUGUAUACAAGAAAUAUCCUAUUUGUAUGAAGUGAUUUUGAUUUUUAUGAAUGGACUAUGACGUUGAGAUUAUAGACAGAAAUCAAGUGUUAAUGAAAUUAGUGUUAGGGAAACGGGGAGGGGGGGCGUUUCCAUAGCAGAGAAAUAUGAUAUAUUGUCAGAAAUACAUGGUCUUUAGUUGUUUUGAAGUCCCUCCACCACCUCACAGACAUUAAUUUUAGCUUUAUGCAUGGUACUGUAUCUGUUUGGGUUCUUUUCCUCUUUCUCUUCUCCCAAAGCUUAAUCCCCUAACAGAGAUCGUUCCAAAAAAAGAGUUGCUCCAAAUGUUUUGCAAAGGUAAAACGUAACAUCAGGGCUCUCGCAAUAGAAAAAAGAAAAAGAUAUGAUAUAUAUGUUUGUUUUCAAAAGUAUGUACAUAUAUAUUUCUAUUCAAAUAUAUAGCAAAUAUAUGAAUAUUGAAAAAAAAGCAGAGAAAUAUAGAAGCCGUUCUAAUUGAAUAUAUAUAUAGAAGAUCACAAGACAAUCGCUCUGAGUGGUGAAACUGCAAGACGGAAGGAAGCAGAGGGAAGGUUAAACGGGUAGCACAACCAUGGAUGGGUGAACGGAGGCGGCGUGCUGACGCUGAGGCCUGAGGGAUGACGCCCUUGUGAUUUUGUAAAUGUCCCGGCUGCGACAUCUGCGCAGCAGGCGUCGGCGGGGAGGACGAGCACAGUGAAGUCGAGCUAUAGUGUGAGAUUGUGUCGCUGGUGAACUGUGGUCUAUGGCUCCGUGCGGAAAGUGUGGUGUUGAAAAAGAAAAGAGUCAAACAAGGACAGCCUAUACAGUGAGUGAGCCUAUUGUAAAAUGUUGUAUUGUACCUUUAAAAGGUGUGUUCACAAGCUCAACGCCAUUACCCGACUACAGUAGUUAACGAAGACGAGCAGAGCAGCAGUAUUUCUGUGUAUCUUUGUCAAAGCAAGUCCAGGACUGCAGCCCAACCAAUACACCACACAGUAAAAACGCUUUAUCUUAUUUUAAAGCUACACGUUCAUGGUUUGGAUGUUGUUUUAUUUUAUUUUAGGUCUUAUUUUUCCAAGUUAUGCAAAGACUUGUAUUCAGAAAGACACCAGUGUGGGAAUGGGACCGGCCGUUGCUCCGGCUGCGUCAACCCUUGUCCCCACCUGCUUCUCCCCAGUUCUUCCAUCAUGUCGUUUCUCCUCUGAAACACUUAGUCAGUUUGUCCAAAGUAAAUGUGUAACUUUAAGGAAAACGCCACCCUCUGAUGUCGCUGCUGUCCAGCAACCAUUACGCGAUGGAUAGAGGAAAAAAAAACAAGAAUAAGGAAAUGUCUGUUUAUUAACUUCUCCAUUGUUUUGUUACGCUGUUCUCUUUUACAUUUACAAAAUUUUAAACAACAGAAUAUUAACCCUAAGAAAAUAUUUAUGAGAUUAUAAAUGUAGGUAUAAAAGCUGCUAAAUACAAAGACCCAACACUUGAGAAAAGCCAGUGAUAUUGUACUUAAAGUCUUUUAGGGUGUUAUUUUCCUUAAAAUACAAAGACAUGCUUUCAAACUGACGGCAUCCGUGUUCCACAUGUGUUUAACCAGUCAGAUCUCCCCCCCCUCUCACCGUUCCCCUUCACCCAUGCUAAAAGACUCGUGUACAUAUGAAAGUGUUUUGUAUAAAUGACUACUAUUUUCGGCAUUGUCACUGAAAACCAGGGCACAAUGUUAACUGACCUUGUUGUAAUGAAACAGAGGCGGACGAUUCUGCUUUAUCCUGUUUUAUGGAGCGGGUGAAGUUUGUUAGAGUGGACCAUGCAUAGGUACAGUAACCAUAUUGAUUUCUUCUUCUGCAGGACAUUUAGUUGCAUUAUCUCCUUUUUAUUUGUUGUUUUUUUUUUAUUUGUCGCAGGUUGCUUGGUUUAAAGUUUGCCUUUUUAUUAUUCCACUAUUUGGGAAGAGGACAGCAGCGUUGCAUGUUCUGAAAAUCUUUCUGGGUAUAAAAGAAAAAGGAAAAUGGUGAAUUGAGCAAUUUAAAAGGGGAUUAAUUAAAACAUUUUGAAAAUGCAAAGGUUUUUCCUUAAACGUUUAUGGGAAACGUUGCUUCAAUUUGCAAUUGCUUGUGUUUAUCUCUACAUUUUCUUUUCUAUGAAAAUGAACAAAAACAGAAAAAGAGUACUCAACACCUUGUGCAAUAAAGCUAUCUUUUUAUGAACUGUGA